AUGUGUUGUGCGGUGGUCCCCGUUCAACUCUCACGCACCCCUAGUCUCUUCGGGCUUAAGACUCCCAAAUCCCGCGAAGAUGUCUAUAUCAUCACCAACUGGUUGCGAUACCAUCUGUAUUCGACUUGGCUCUUUACUCGAAGUGACAUCAAGACUAUUAUACUUCCCAAAACGAUAUUUGGUAUUCUGGGCGCCACCGCAACCUCCGCCUUCGGAUUGCCGUCUGAAUAUGCUAUUAGACCAGUGGAUGCGCUCCUUCAAGCUCCUGUCACGGCGUUAUGGGUUUGGAGUAAUCUCCUACCAUUCGCGAUCGACAACCAACGACACUGGGCUGCAAUCGAGGAAGACCGGAUCAACAAGUCAUGGAGAGCUAUGCCAUCCGGAAGAAUGACACAAGCACAAGCGAAGAAAUUCAUGCUCUGUUCGUACAUCACUACAGCAUUCAUUAGUUGGAGAGUUGGCGGUAUGGCGCAGUGUUUAGCUUUGAUGAUCCUAGGAUGCUGGUACAACGAUCUAGGCGGUGCAGACAACAGCUGCGUUGUGAGAAACCUGAUUAACGGCUUAGGUUACGUAUCCUUCUCAUCCGGGGCAAUGGAAGUUGCAGUGGGUCACUCCCUGCUUCCAUACGCCAACAUACUCACGAGUGUCGCUGAGCUGCACGGCCUUUCUAAGCAUAACUUCUUACCCCUCUGGAAUUGGCUCGGAAUCCUUAUCAUUAUCGUAUUCACCACCACGCAUGCCCAAGACAUGCACGACCAAGCCGGUGAUCGUGCGCGCGGCCGCAGGACCGUUCCCCUUGUUAUUGGAGAUGUUGCGGCGAGGAUCUCCAUUGUGAUUUCUGUAGGAAUUUGGUCUAUAUUUUGCGCGUUGUAUUGGGAUGUUGGUGCUCUGGGGUUUGGGCUGGUAGGCAUUUUGGCGGCCGUUGUGGGGAUAAGAACGAUGGCUUUAAGACGUGUGAGGGAUGACAAGAAGACGUUUAUGUUUUGGAAUGCAUGGAUUACCGCGGUGUAUAUGCUGCCUUUGCUGAGUCUGGUGGGGAGGCAUUAAUAUAAGAGAAGUAUGGGCGAGAAAAGAUAGAGCGUAAUCUAGCACUUGUCUUUCGACCAAAUUAAGAAGAGGAUAGAAGGGAGAUUUCGCACUUGGUUAACUAUAUUCUUUCUGUCUAUGUAUAAGUAAG